CACUGCGCCGGAAGAUGCUGAGACGAAAAUGCUAAAUCGUGACGCCACAACUUCAAUAAUAGUUACUUUUAUUGUAUUUUGUUUUGUAUGUGUAUAAUGAUACACGGCACUAUUUUAUGUUAGUAGCAUGAUCCGCCAUGCAAGAUAUGUUGUACAUGCGCAUUGAUAUGUAUGUGUGCUGUUGCCCUUGAACCAGUAAAUGGUUAAAGUGAUGUCCAUGGUUCCUGCGUCUUUUUAUUUUAAUAUAUAACUGUUGUAGUGUUGGCAGAACACAACAGAACUGGCGACGAGAUUAGUAACGUGCCCCGACAGUGCAAUAUCACACAGAAACGUGUAGUGUUAUCUCCUGAAAAUCACGUUGUUGUCCACCCCGCAUCGGUGCUAGCUAGCUAGCCUAACGUUACGCCACGGAUUGGAAAAGCCAGCUACGGUCGGAGGAAGGAGCACUACACAACUGAAGGAGAGCGGGCUGUGCGACGGCGCCAGGAGCUGGGGAAAGUAAUUCACGAAAACCACAUCACCAUGAACAUCCACAAGAGGAGCCCUGCUUUGUGAGAUGGAAGCAUAAUUAUCCAAAGAAGACUUGCAUUCGGUUCUCAUUUUUCUGAACAACCAUGACAGUGGAGUUGCAAAACCUUUCCUUCAAGCAAGGAAUGGAACUGCGAGUCACCGGUGUCCCUGAACCCCAUGCGGUUAGUUUCACAAUCAAUGUGGGUGAAUCUGAGUGCAACAUUGCGCUCCACAUCAACCCUCGCUUUCAAGGCUGUGGCCCAGGUGUCAUCGUCCUGAACACCAUGAAGGAUGGGUCCUGGGGUACUGAAGUGAGAGAUGAAAGAAACUUUCCUUUCCGGCAGGGCGAGGAGUUUGAGGUGUCCAUCACCUUUGCCAAUGACAAGUUUUACAUUAGCCUGCACGACGGCCACAUGCUGGAGUUCCCCAACCGCCUGGAACAGCCCCAGUACAGUAAAAUCUGGUUUACAGCAGACGUCAGAAUCACCGGCAUAUAUGUCAAAUAGAGACCCACCAGGAGGUGUUAGAUAUACCCUUUCUGGCUCCUGCUUGGCUGCUCUGCUUCUGCUUCCUGGUGCCUUCAUACAGCUGUGCCACGAGUGCUACGAUCUCCCAGAGAUCAGUGCCUUUAAUCUUGUGCUUCUCUGCGACAUUUAGACCCUCUGGUGUCUGUCCAAACCCACUGCGUAUGAUAAACAAUCCAGCUUCAACAAUAAAUCUCUAUCAUGAGUAAA